AUGGCGGGCACGGGGAUCGGGGUCCGGGGGCGCGUGGGGUCUGACCAGAGACAGAACCAGCAGCUCAUCCCCAGAUGGCUUAAUCAGCCGCGGCUGUGCCGGGCGCAGCUGGAAUGUAACCUGCAAGCCCGCACAUCUGGCUUUGGUCUCCUGUCUCGCCCCAAAGCGGCGGGGAGCGGGAGUCAGGAGCUCUCGGCCUCCCCCGGGCUCGCAGCCUCCCCUGCUCUUCUCAUCAUCGGCUCGGGGACUGUGGAGCAAUUAAGAACUGGAGGACCUACCCCAAAUCUUGCUCCCUUCCAAGCACUUCCCAACCCCAAUUCCUGUGACUGGGGUCGAGCGCCUGGAGGAGGCAUUGAAGAAGCCUUAGUUUCCCUGAUUCAUGGACUAACGUGGAUCGGAAAAUCUCGCCUCCUCUGGGACCCUCUAGCCGCCUCCUUCUUCCGGCUCUUUCCUAAGAGCCGGCUGCAGGGCAAGGUGCCCGUGAGUCUUCACGUCAGCACCGCUGACCGGCCGACGGGACUGAGCAACCCGACCUUAGAGCCUGUAGCAGAGCCGUCUUUCGUCCGGGGCCUGCGUCACGUCGGGGCCGCUUGGGCCGAGGAAGCGCUGGGGGAUGCUCCGGGCCAGGCUGGAGCCCAGCCCCCUCCCUUUGGUUCCCCCCUCCCGGCCUGCGGCACCUGGCUGGCCGGGGAACAAAGAAAGGGGCCCCGGGGAGCCCCCGCUGGGCCCCGGGACGAGGGGGAGGAGGAGGAGGCGCCAGCCCAGGGCGAGGCGGGAUGGGCAGGCCCGGAGCGCAGCGCGCCUCGGGCGGGCUCCGGGGGUCGCCUUCUGGCUAGGCAACAGGCCACAGGCCAGCCUGGCCGUUCCCCUUCUGAGGGACCCCCAAGCCAGUGCCGGAAGGGGAGUUUCAUGCUGAAGGAAUUCCGAAUUAGCGAGGAGGCCGGCUCUCUUGACCUGGCUGUGAUCGCCCCCCAGGACCCAACGCUACUCAUCGGUUCCUCCCUCCACGCUACCUGUUCAGUGAGUGUGAGCGGCAGCGACGCGCCCACGGCUGAAGGGCUCUACUGGACCCUCAACGGCCGACGGCUGGCCCCUGAGCUCUCUCAGGUCCUCAACGCCACCACCCUGGGCCUGGCACUGGCCAACCUCAACGGUUCCAAGCAGCAGUCAGGGGACAACCUGGUGUGCCACGCACGGGAUGGGAGCAUCCUCGCUGGCUCCUGCCUCUAUGUUGGCUUGCCCCCUGAGAAGCCUGUUAACAUCAGCUGUUGGUCUAAGAACAUGAAGGACCUGACCUGCCGGUGGUUCCCGGGCACCCAGGGGGAGACCUUUCUCCAUACCAACUACACCCUGAAAUACAAGCUUCGGUGGUACGGGCAGGAUAACACAUGCCAAGAAUACCACACCGUGGGGCCCUAUUCCUGCCACAUUCCCAAGGACCUGGCACUAUUCACGCCCUAUGAGAUCUGGGUGGAGGCCACCAACCGCCUGGGCUCGGCCAGGUCGGAGGUGGUCACCUUGGACAUCCUCGAUGUGGUCACAACAGACCCCCCACCAGAUGUCCAUGUGAGCCGAGUGGGGGGCUUGGAGGACCAACUGAGUGUCCACUGGAACUCCCCACCAGCACUCAAAGACUUCCUUUUCCAAGCUAAGUAUCAGAUCCGCUAUCGAGUAGAGGACAGUGUGGAGUGGAAGGUGGUGGACGAUGUGAGUAAUCAGACGUCGUGUCGCCUGGCCGGCCUGAAGCCAGGCACCGUCUACUUCGUGCAGGUGCGCUGUAAUCCCUUCGGCAUCUAUGGGUCUAAGAAGGCAGGAAUAUGGAGCGAGUGGAGCCACCCCACUGCGGCCUCCACACCCAGAAGUGAGCGGCAGGGCUCUAGUGGCGCCUGUGAGCCUCGGGGAGGGGAGCCCAGCUCCAUGCCAGUGAGACGGGAGCUAAAGCAGUUCCUGGGCUGGCUGAAGAAGCAUUCCUACUGCCCCAACCUCAGCUUCCGCCUUUAUGACCAGUGGCGAGCCUGGAUGCAGAAAUCCCACAAGACCCGCAACCAGCACAGGACGAGGGGCUCCUGUCCUCGGGCAGACGGAGCACGGCGAGAGGUCCUGCCCGGAGAUAAACUGUAGCAGUCCCAGAUCCUGGGCCAGGAGGGUGUCUGCCCCCCCCAAAGCCACCUCCCAAAGAGUCUAUGAAACACAGAGGGAGGACCAAUCUGGGGCUCCCACCCCGAGUCCUCCCAAGAACUGGAUCUGUGGAUUCAUCCAGGACACAAGAUGCACCUCCUCCCCAUCUUGUCUGAGCCCCUUCCUAACAUGGGCAGCCCAGGCUUUGGUGGAGCCACCGGGCGUCUCGGCCGUCUGGCAAGGAGCCGUCCUGAAGAGCAGGCCAGUGAGGGAACGGAACACGGCAGGGCUGAGAGGGGGUGGGCCAGAUGGAGCCCCUGCUUCUCGUGGGACCCGCACCUUCCUGCUUCU